AGAUAAACAACGUUAUCGAAGGAACAUCAAGCGAAAGUCACGAGGCCAUUGACUUCAUUGCUGUUGUUGCCACGUGAGCAGGACAAUAUGAGUGGAGAGAGGGAAACGUUGAUGGAUGAAAUGGAACAGAGUUUAAACACUUUAACCAAGGACAAUUUACGCUGCCUGUGUGAACGCAGUGGAAAGGUGUUAAGGAUGGCUCCGAUGUUCAAGGAAAGAUCCCCAUCACUCAUUGUGCCGUAAAAUCCUGGAGGAACUUUGGGAAAAUGCAGAUUCAAUGGAAUCGGAGGAGCAGGGAAUGUCUUGGUUACUCAACUGAAAGAGGACAUCAGAAAGAUACAGGAGGAUGGUAGUGGUGCACCUUUGAGUCCCAGCCAAUCCAUUGAUGAUGAUGCUGUAGACCGUGAUGAAGAAGGGAACCAGAAGGACAUGGAUUGGUUACCUAGCAAAAGGCUGGAGGGGGAACCCAUGAGUCCCAGCCAAUCCUUUGAUGACGAGGAUGCUGUAGACUGCGAUGAAGAAUGGGAUGAGGAGGACAGGGAUUUGUUGCGUAGCAAAGGGCUGGAGGUGGAGCCAGCUCCAGAGAGACACACACCGGAGAAGAGAGUGAGUGGGGCCCCCUCUCUGUCCUCUCCUGGUAAUGCCUUACUGCUGGGUCUGAAGAGGGUGUCUGUGCGGCUGGUCGACUGCAGGAAAACACCAGGGUUGAGMGGAACUGCUGGAGGAGGAGACGAGGAGGAGGAGGAAGGAGACGUGAUUCAUCAAAAAGAGAGACGUGGCAACCAUGGAUCUUCUGGGGAGCCUCAACAACAACCUCAUGCCGACAACACAGACUGGAGUCUCCCCACAUCAAAACACCUCAAUAAACAACCGCAGAGACAUACAGGGAAGAAACCACACCACUGCUGCUCUGAGUGUGGGAAGACUUUCGGCUGUCCGGCGACACUCAAAAUGCACAGAAUAAUCCAUACGAGAGAGAAACCUUACCGCUGCUCACAGUGUGGGGAGACUUUCAGUCAAAAAAUGACUCUUAAGAUUCACCAGCAGAUGCACACUGGGAAGAAACCUCACCACUGCUCUGACUGCGGAAAGAGUUUCAGUGUUUUAUCAAGCUUGAAAAUCCAUCAAAGCACCCACACCGAAAAUAAACUAUUCCAAUGCUCCAAGUGUGGGAAAGGUUUUGCAAAGAACCACUAUCGAAAAAUACAUGAGAAAAUGGUACAUGAGCCUCCCGCAGAAAGGUCUUACCACUGCUCUGACUGCGGGAAGAGCUACAGUUUUUUAUCAACCUUCAAAAACCAUCAAAGAAAACACACAGGAGAGAAACCAUUCCAAUGCUCCAAGUGCAAGAAAAGUUUUGCUCAGAAAUCCACUCUAAAAGCCCACGAGCAAACACACAUGCCUGCUGCAGAAAGGCCUUACCAAUGCCUAUUCUGCGAGAAGAAGUUUUGUAUUUCGGCAUCCUUUAAUUUCCAUAUGAGAAUGCAUACUGAAGAAAAACCAUUCCAAUGUUCCGUCUGCGGAAUGCGGUUCAUUCACGCCAGUUUACUGAAAGCACACAAACAUAAACACAAGCCCACUGCCGAAAGACCCUUCCACUGCAAUAAAUGUGGAGCGUCUUUUACUACAAAAGGUAAUCUUAAAUUUCACCAGCUGACCCACGACCGGGGGGAGAGAACUUACCGCUGCUCUGAGUGUGGGCAUUGUUUCUCUCAUCCGAUAUAUCUGAAGAAACACCAGAAAAGGCACAGUAAAGAGAAGUCCAUUGUCUGCGACCUGUGCGGGAAGACCUUCAACCAUCCAAGCAACUUCAGAACGCACAUGAAGAUACACCAAGGAGUGAAACCGUACCACUGCUCCGACUGUGGCAGGAGCUUCAUAUUCCGUCAAGGUUUAACAACACACCAGCGUGUGCACACCGGAGAGCUGCCUUACGUCUGCGAUCAAUGUGGAAAGAGGUUUUCUCAGUACAAUUCUUUGGUGAUUCACCAGCGAACACACACCGGGGAGAAACCUUACCCAUGCUUUGUCUGUGGGAAGAGCUUCAGUCUUAGGUCACAAAACCUGGCUGCACACAAGAGAACUCAUACUGGAGAGAAGCCUCACGCCUGUGAUCAGUGUGGGAAGAGGUUUUCCCGAACCGACGCACUGGCUGUACACAAGCGCACUCACACUGGAGAGAAGCCUUACAGCUGUGAUAUAUGCAGGGAGAGGUUCACCUAUUUAGUAGCCAUGUUGAAACAUAAGAAAGGACAUGGACAUCCUGCAGGUGAUGUACUCUGUGCUGAAUGGCCUCAGGACGAUUCCAGCUCUGUCUUGAAUAGAGAAGAACUUUGUUUAACUUACAGAAGACAUCAAUUUGUUGUUAUACUUACAAUCUAACCCCCAGAGAGAGAGAGAGACACAAACACUCACACACACACA